AUGGAAAUUCCGCAGCAUGUUCUUCCUGACGAUGACAAACCUGUCGUCAAUGGAACGGUGCCAAAAGACAAACGCCUGCCAUCGCUUGUUCUCUUGGCGCUUUUAUCUCUGAAGACGGACGUCUGUACGAGUUCGAAAGCUCAGACGAAUAAAGAAGUGGCCCGGCGAUCAAACAGUCUUCUUCUUCUUCUUCUUCUUCUUCUUCUUCUUCUUCUUCUUCUUCUUCUUCUUCUUCUUCUUCUUCUUCUUCUUCUUCUUCUUCUUCUUCUUCUUCUUCCUCUUCUUCUUCUUCUUCUUCUUCUUCUUCUUCUUCUUCUUCCCUCCUUAUAG